AUGGGUGUCCCUAAAUUCUUUCGCUGGCUCAGCGAACGGUAUCCAGCUAUCUCGACGCUGAUCGCAGAGAGCCGGAUACCUGAGUUCGACAGCCUUUACCUCGAUAUGAACGGUAUCAUCCACAACUGUACACAUAGUGACAAUAAAGCCCAAGAAGUUUGGACGGUGUUGCCCCCCCGCGCCAAGAUGAACCAACAACGUGCCCGUCGUUUCCGUACCGCCUUGGAUGCGGAGACCGCGAAGGAGAAGGCAAUUCAGCAAGGACUGGAGAUGCCUAAGGAAGAUGCAUUUGAUAGCAACUGCAUCACACCUGGUACCGAGUUCAUGCAGAAGUUGACGCAACAACUCAAAUACUUCAUCAACAAGAAGAUCUCCGAGGACACGGACUGGCAAGGCGUGGAAAUCGUGCUGUCUGGUCAUGAGGUCCCCGGUGAGGGAGAACACAAGAUUAUGGAAUAUAUUCGAUGCUCGAAAGCGCAACCCGACUAUGAAUCUAAUGUUCGCCACUGUCUUUACGGCUUGGAUGCCGACUUGAUCAUGCUGGGUCUUCUCAGCCACGAUCCCCACUUCUGUCUUCUUCGAGAGGAAGUGACCUUUGGUCGCCAGGUCUCCAAGAAGCCCAAGGAACUUGAGCACCAAAACUUCUACCUUCUGCAUCUGAGUAUGGUCCGAGAGUAUCUGGAACUGGAGUUCCAAGAGCUGAAGCAAGAAAAUGCUCUCGAUUUCCCAUUCGAUAUGGAACGUGUCAUUGAUGACUUCAUUCUCAUGGCGUUCUUUGUCGGAAACGAUUUCUUACCCAAUUUACCGAACUUACACAUUAACGAGGGUGCCCUUGCUCUCAUGUUCAAACUUUACAAGGAGGUGCUGCCAAAGAUGGGUGGCUAUAUCAACGAGCAAGGUGUGAUCAAUGUGCAACGCCUGGGCAUGCUUGUUAGCUCCCUGAGCUCCGUGGAAUACAGAUUCUUUGAGGCGGAGAACUCCGAUGCUCAAUGGCUCAAAUCUAAGAAGAAUGGAGAUGUCGAUGCAGUCGACUCCCAGCAAAGACACAAGAAGCUCACGAUCACUCCAGCCCAAAAGGAGAUUCUCAAGACCAUCAAGAGAUACGUUUUGAACCGGACAGAAAACGUCUCUUCUCCACUUGAUCUUCCUCCCACACUUCCAGCUCGCGACCGAACCUUUGUUGAGCAGCUUGCAGAUGAGCUUAAGCUUCCUUGGUCAUCAAUUGAUAAUGACGAUGGAGAUCGAUUCAUGCGGCUUCAAUUGCCUCAAACACAGGGGGAUGACGAUGACGAUGAAGAAGAUGAGGAGGAUGAGGAAGCAUCAAUGGCAGUUCAGCGUAUCAUUCGAAAGUAUGAGAAAGCUACUGUUCAAGAAAUGACUUCCGAGGAGUCGCAGAAGGCGGCCCAAGAGAAGUAUGACGAGGAAUUUUUGGCUUGGAAGAAUAAGUACUACCAGACCAAAUUUGGAUGGGGUCUUGAGAACAAGGAGGAGAUGAAGAAGCUUGCAGAGAACUACGUGCAGGGAUUGCAGUGGGUCUUGUUCUACUACUAUCGUGGCAUCGCAUCUUGGCCUUGGUUCUUCCAAUACCACUAUGCUCCCAUGAUCUCUGAUGUGAACGCUGGCCUUGGCGCAGACAUGGACUUCAAGUUGGGACAACCGUUCCGGCCGUAUGAUCAACUCAUGGGUGUCUUGCCAGACCGCAGUAAGAAGAUUGUGCCUACCGCCUAUUGGGACCUGAUGACAUCCCCCGACUCCCCAAUCUAUGACUUCUACCCCCGUGACUUCGAUCUCGACAUGAACGGCAAAAAGAUGGAGUGGGAGGCCGUCGUCAAGAUUCCUUUCAUUGACGAAAAGCGACUGCUGUCUGCCCUCAAGACAAAGGAACAUCUACUCUCUCCGGACGAGAAAGCAAGAAAUGAUUUCGGAGCUUGCCUGAAGUUCACAUAUUCGCCAGAUGUGAAUUACGUCUACCCAUCUUCAAUGCCAGGAGUGUUCCCGGACCUCCCCAACUGCCGCUGCAUUGAAAAUAUCUUUGAACUUCCCGUAAUGGAUGGAUUGGAGCCCUACGCCGGUUUGAUGACCGGCGUACACCUAGGUGAUGCGGCACUUGCUGGUUUUCCCAGUAUCAAGACACUGCCUAAUCACGGCCAGCUCGGCUUCCACGGUGUAUGUGUGUUCCAGCAAGACAGCCGUAACGAGAGUCAGGUUGUCACCCUACUGGACCCAGGCAGCCGCUCAAGCAUCGAACUGGCCAAGAAGAAACUUGGCAAACGUGUCCACGUUGGAUUCCCAUUCCUGCAAGAAGCCCUCGUGAUUCGUGUUUCCGACGAAUUGUUCGACUACAUCCUUCCUCCCGGAGAGGAACAUCCUGUCUCCAUUCCCCAUACACCCCAGCAGAUUGAGCAGUGGAAGAAAAAGGCCGUCAAAAUUGAAAACACCUACAGCAAGCGCCUAGCUACGAUCAUCGGCGAAGUUGAAGCUCUUGUGCACAUCCAGCUUCUCAAGGGUAUGAUCAAGACCGAUGAUGGUGCCACAAUCAAGGAGUUUUCCGAUAUGCCAGGCCAGGAGACGGACUAUGCCCUACAGGUCAUCGUUGACGAGGUGAAGAACCCCGACCAACGGUUCAUCGAGCGCGAAGCUGUUUCCAUCGAAGAAGAUUUCCCCGAGGGCUCCCGUGCCUUCUUCCUGGGUGACUUCAACUACGGAAGACCUGUGCAUGUCGGUGGCCACGAGGACGGAAAAGUUAAUGGAUUGAUCGCCGCCGUGAAGGGUCGGGAGCCUGAAUUCGGCCGUGAGCGCGUGAAAGCAGCAGAACAACUCUGCCCUUACAUGCCUUCUUACGCCGUCGCACGUAGCCUCCGCCUCAAUGCCUUGGUAUUGGCUAAGAUUACAUCUUCCUUCACCGUUGAUAUUGAGGGCACGCGUGCGAACCUCGGUCUCAACCUGAAGUUCCAGGCCAAGCAACAAAAGGUCCUCGGCUACUCUCGCCGUGGAGAGUCUGGCUGGGAAUUCAGCCAAAAGGCAGUUGAGCUGAUUCAACAAUACAUGAUCAAUUUCCCCGAGUUCAUUGCUGGUAUCCAGCGCAACCCUCAAAGCGAUCGUUAUUCCCCAACUGAUUUCUACCCUGAAGAGAUCGCCUCUCUCAAGAUGAAGGAGAUCAAAGAUUGGCUCAAGUCUAUCGAAGCCAAGAACUUCGAGAGAGUGCCCCUUGACGCCGAACAGCUCGACUCGGACAUCGUGAUGUUGAUCGAGCAGGACGCCGAUCAGUUCAACCGGUCCCAGCCACAGAUGCAACCAAAGAAGGUCCGGGGCGUGCCUCGUGGCGCUCUUCUUCGGCCUGCUGAUGUCGAGCACCGCCUCGGAAGCCAAACCUUCAAGCUCGGUGACCGGGUUGUCUAUGCCCAGGAUUCCGGUAAGGUGCCGAUUGCUACUCGCGGUACUGUGGUCGGUCUCACUCGGACCGCACGAACUCUGCUCCUCGAUGUUGUGUUCGACUCAUCAUUUAUGAGCGGCACCACGCUGGGCGGGCGAUGCUCGCCGUUCCGCGGCCAGACUGUUCCGGCAAUCUCUGUCCUCAACAUCUCCUACCGCCAACUUAUCGCAAGCUCCCGUGCUGCGACUGACCACCAAACUCAACAGGCCCCUCUUCCUCUGACGGUUGCUGGGUACGGUGCGCCUCUUGGCCCCGGUAGCCAAGGUCAACUGAGAAACGCCGACGCCCCUGCUCCUCUCACCGGCUCUUUCCGAGGCGCUGUCUCCGGGCAAGGUGCCGGAGCUGGUCGCGGUGGCCGUGGAGGAUUCAAUAACGGUCAGCAAACCACUCUUCCCUUCCGCCCUCACUCCAAUGGCGGUCCCCCGCGUGGCCCCCGUGCCCGUGGAGGUGGCCGUGGCGGCGCUCGUGGCGGGUACGUUUCAGUGGAACAGGGCGACCCCAGCGAGGGCAUCAUCCCGAACAACCCCAACUUCCGUCCUCAGAACUACACUCAAGUUCCACCUCCGCAAGGAAUGGAUCGAGGACGCGGUCGUGGCCGUGGCCGCGGAAAUGGCAAUGGAUACCGCGGUAGAGGUGCCCGUGGACGUGGUGCGCCCCAGAGUGGUGCGCCCCAGACCAACCCCCAGUAA